UUAAUCUUUGUCGCGAUUUGUAAUCUUCGAUUUCACCGAGAGAGCAUAUCCGAAUGAUAGAGAGCAAAAUCCAACUCAGUUCGCUUUGUUUUCUUCGUCUUCUUCGUAUAGUUGGUAACGGCGCAUAUAAAUAGCAGUCCCGUUGAUUUUUCAACGCUCCCAGAUCCCCAUUUUGCUCACUCUCCCCUAUCUUUCAUCCCUCUCACACACACCCCCUAGCAAUCUCCAAACAAAACCAAGAAGCUGCGACUGUAACAAAGGACCCAAAAAAAAAAAAAAAAAAAAAAAAAAAAAAAAAAUCAAAAUGGGUGCUUUCCUCAAGCUCGUAGACGCCGUACUCUUCCUCUUCUUUGUCGUGAUCGCAGUCGCAGCGCCGCUGAUUGACGCCCAGAUGUGUCUUCCUGCCGGCUUGUUACCGGACUUGCUGGUCGACCUCAAUAACUGGUACACUCGCGAAUACGGCGACUAUCUUGUUGCCGAGAAGCCCCAUUUUUUUGUGGGGAUUGUGUGGCUAGAGCUUCUCUUUCAGUGGCCGCUCGCUCUGCUCAACUUGUACGGGAUUCUGGGUGGGAAGCCUUGGUUCAAUACCACGUGUUUGAUCUAUGGGGUCUCUUGCUUUACUUGCAUGGCUGCAAUAUUAUCUGAAUUAAUGGGGUCUCAAAAGGCAUCUGAUAAGUUGUUGAUGACGUACUUCCCGUUCAUGGGUUUGGGUGUUUUAGCCUUUCUGCGUGGGCUGCUCCCACACUCCGGCAAGACUACUUCAACCAUUGGCAAGAGACCUUUGCUGGGCAGAAAAAAGAGGGUUUGAGAUUACACUUGAACAGCUCGAAUUUGGUUGACUUGUCGUUUUGGGUGUUUGAAAUCAUUUUGGAUAGUUCUGGAUUUAGUCUUGAUGUUUCGAAGGUGUUAAUGCCACUAGCAAAACAGCUAACAAAGAAGUGGCGGUUACUUUAAUUGGUUUGAUUAGCGACCCUAUAAGAUUAAUAAGUAGAAGGGAAUGUUUGGUUGGACGUGGAAAUAGUUUUUCUUAGGCUUGAGCACGGAUUUUGGUUCAUUUAAUUGAGAAUUGUUUCUUUAAGUUAUUAA